CCGUUCGUGUGCGUGAACCUCAGGUCCGCCCUUCUCUCUGCAUCACAUGACCAAAACCUUGUCUUAGCUACGGCUCCUGGAAGGGGCCAACUCCGGCCGUUCUCAAGUCUCUCCAGGCCCGCUGCGGGCCGCUCCGGCCGGUGCUUUGCCCCGGCGCCUCAGUGCGCUCGGCCAACGGCCUCUGAGAGCGCCCACCCGAGCGCCCCGGGAGCCGGCAGGCGGCGGCCCUCGCCGGGGACACUCCAGCGGGCCCAGGGGAACUCAAGUGGCUCUAAAUCCAGCACACGCCCAUUGAAGCAAGUGAAAGGAUUUACUAUGAAGCACAGAAGCAGAUAGUGGCAAAUAGCAAGCAGUAGCUGUUACACAUUUCUGGAAAAGCAGUUGUCCGUGUUGUCAUGUCCGCCUCCACAAAGUGUUCAGAUCUAUAGGAGAGUUGAGUCAGUAAGCUGAACUGCAGGGUAGCAGUGUGGUCCUAGCUUUGUAGACGUGUCUUUACUGUACUGUUAAACAUGAGUAAGAGAACAAGCAGUGACGUACCACUAGGAAGGGUGAGCGGCGCAGCAUUUCCUUCUCCCACUGCUACUGAGAUGGCAGAAAUUAACCGGAUUCAGUAUGAAAUGGAAUACACCGAAGGUAUCAGUCAGCGAAUGAGGGUCCCAGAAAAACUGAAAGUAGCCCCACCGAAUGCAGACCUGGAGCCAGGGUUUCCAGAAGGCGCCCCCACGACUAGUGUGAUAAUGCAGGUCCCGGAGAGGAUUGUUGUUGCAGGAAAUAAUGAAGACAUUCCAUUUUCAAGACCGCCCGAUCUCGAUCUGAUUCAGUCUACUCCCUUGAAGCCUCUCGCCCUGAAAACCCCACCUCGUGUACUUACUCUGAGUGAAAGACCACUCGAUUUCCUGGAUUUAGAAAGGCCUCUCCCAACCCCUCAAAACGAAGAAAUCCGGGCAGUUGGCAGGCUAAAAAGAGAGCGCUCUAUGAGUGAAAAUGCUGUUCGCCAAAAUGGACAGCUGGUCAGAAAUGAUUCCAUGUGGCACAGAUCAGAUUCUGCCCCAAGAAAUAAAAUGUCCCGGUUCCAGGCACCGAUUUCUGCACCGGAGUACACUGUGACACCAUCUCCGCAGCAGGCUCGGGUCUGCCUUCCCCAUAUGUUUCCUGAAGACGGAGCUAAUCUCUCCUCCGCACGCGGCAUUUUGUCCCUUAUCCAGUCUUCUACGCGUAGGGCUUACCAGCAGAUCUUGGAUGUGCUGGAGGAAAACCGCAGACCUGUGUUGCGUGGUGGGUCUGCUGCCGCCACCUCUAACCCUCAUCAUGACAACGUCAGGUAUGGCAUUUCAAAUAUGGACACCACAGUUGAAGGAACGUCCGAUGACAUGACUGUUGUAGACGCAGCUUCCUUAAGACGACAGAUCAUCAAACUGAAUAGACGGCUACAGCUUCUGGAGGAGGAGAACAAAGAACGAGCUCGAAGAGAAAUGCUCAUGUAUUCAAUUACAGUCGCUUUCUGGCUGCUCAAUAGCUGGCUGUGGUUUCGCCGCUAG